AUGAGCCUUAACAAGAGGACGAGGUAUGUUCCCUUCGCUGCAGACUUUGGGCCCCCGAACCUCGCAGCCAUCAUGUUAUUCUGUCAGGAGGUGCAAGACUUCUUGGUCCAAGGGCCCUCGAACAAGCUCGUGUUCUACACGUCCCCCGAGCCCAAGGACCUCACUAACUCGAUCUUCCUCUGCGGCGCCUUCAUGGUUGUUGUCCUCCACGUCCCUCCGGCAGAAGCCAUGAAGCCGUUCGCCAACAUCCCGCGGGACGUCUGCCUCAACUACAGGGAUGCGACUUGGGAUCCCGUGAGCUUCGAGCUCCAUCUGACCUCUUGCUGGUCGGGGCUGGAGCGGGCGAUGCAGAAAGGCGUGUUCAACCCGUUGAGGUUCGACCCUGAAGAGUAUCUGCAUUAUGACGAUCACGGUAACGGAAAUCUCAACACGAUCGUAGAGGGCAAGUUUGUAGCGUUCAAGAGCCCGCGAGAGAAGAGAGCAAAGAACUCAGACGGGACCGUGUCGCACACCCCCGCUGACUACAUCAACGUGUUGAAGUCCAUGAAUGUAGAAGACAUCAUCCGGUUGAACGGAUACAGUUAUGAUCCCAAAGACUUUGUGAACGCCGGGUUCCGACAUCAUGACAUCAACUACAACGCCCGAGCGACACCGUCCGAUGCCACGAUCGACAGGUUCCUAUCCAUCGCCGAGUCGUCUCAGUCGGUCACUGCUGUUCAUUGCUCUGCCGGGGUAAGUGACUGUCUUUCAGGUCUGUUCCUUAUGAAGGCAUACGGUUUUACUGCUGAAGAAAGCAUCGGCUGGCUUCGGAUAGCAAGACCUGGAAGCAUUAUCGGGCCUCAACAACACUUCUUGAAGAGUCAGGAGAGGAGGUUGUGGGACCUGGGAAGGAAAGGUGGGAGAGAGGAGGGGUGGUGA